GGAGCCGUGACAGAAAUCCUUCUAAGAAAUUUUUUUUAUUUUUCUUCACCCUGAACGAUGCAGCCGAUGAUCUGAUGCCGGCGUGGCUUGUCUGUGUAGAUUUUGCCAUUUCUGGAUGGGGCCGGGUGAGGUCAUUCUUCACUUGUGGUUAGGCUCCUUAGGCACUGCCGCCGGGGAUGGCACCUUUUUGGCUGCGGCCUAUCACCGCUUAUAUCCUUUCACACACGCCCAUCCACAGACACCACCGGCACCCCAGGCCCCAUGCUCUCAGGCUCUCGCUGCCUCUUCCAAUGCCUCACAAUUGGCCUGGACCAUCUACCCAUCACUAUUCCACUUGACCCAGCGAACGCGUGCCUUCAAGCCGCGAAUAUUUCUUGACCACCGCUGCCUACGUAAAACGCACUCGCCUUCAAACGGCCCCUGCAGUGGUGCACCGCCUCCUCGAGAUCAGAAGUCCAAAAGUCACGCCCCUGCAGCCCCUUUCUGCCACUAGGAACCCCGGAACCCAAGCCAGUUUCUAUCUUUAGCCAUCGGCAAACCGAGCGCCCCUACGCCUUUCUGGCCUCCCUGGCCUCCUGAGCUCUAAUCCAGGUCGAGCGUAGCCUGGCAGACGGUCCGACGUCUUUUCGCCUCCCGAAGCCCCCGGCGUCACGCUUUACUCGAACCUCGAAGGCGCCUAAUAUGGCUGAUGGAGAUGGGGAGACGCGCCAACGUCACAAAGACGUCGGUGCAUACCUUACCGGGCCACUCAUCGUGAUUCUUGACUGACUCGCGCAAAAAGAGAAGACAACAACACGUCCUGUGCCGUUCAAUUUUCAUCACUCUUUGGGCGGCCUUUGGCGUUCAUGUUGUAAACAACAGUGACGCGUGAAGCUUGAAACCAUCACGCCAAUUCUGGCGUUGUUUGUUUUGCCUUGCGUUCUGCCGCCGUCAAUCUCUUCCUCAAGGAGUACCUACCUAGGUAGGUGCCAUCCCUCGGUUGCAUAUCGCUGCAUCCUUCUUCCGCAGUUGAUAGCAUACAACAUUGUGCAUAAUUUUUCUUGCCACUGAACACAGCCACGGCUACGAUAAUAAUGGGAUCUACUAUGUAUGAACCAUCCACCUAGGUGCCAUCUUCCAACCCGUUCGCUUAGGGAUAGGAAAUGCGGCUUUGAAGCUUCAAGGCCCGCGGUCUUCCCUCUUCGAACAAGUGCUGAAACUUGGUACUGAACCCCUUAAUGGCCAUCCUGGUGACAGCAUAUCCAGGCUCCUUCAGGCUGUGCACACUGGCUGUGGGCCAGGAAUAAGAAAGGUCUUGUACUAGACUGUCGACCACAAAUGCUUACUAGGCACGCUUUCGGAUAGCAGUCCGGGGUAACAUCCCACUGCUAUAAGCCGUCAUCAGCCGACAUCUUUGUUCAAGCGCUAGCUGCACCAAAGGCAGCAGCAGUGGAUCUGCGUUGUACAGCAGGCUGAUGCGAAAAUAACAUACCUCGAGGGUUGUGUGCGGAGAUACUUCAGAGCCUCAACCACAGUACGAAGGUCGUUUCAUGAAAACAUCAUUUCUUGUAUAGUCUCGCAUCAUCAUAUUCGAGAUCCAGUGGUGCCAGGUCCACUAAAUCAUUCUGCAGACGGCUUCCUUCGGGCAUUUCUGCUGCCCACUCCAGGUGGCUCUCCGGUCCAUGCCGGGUCCUACACUCCACUACUCCCUUACAUCCUGCUUACCAUUGUGCAGUGAAGGUGUAACAUGUGUCAAUUCUGGAGCAAGAAUGCAGGUGGUCAAGGUGAAAUAAUUUCCGUGUAUUCGCUAUCGCCACUUAAAGUUUACAAGUUGCUGUCUGGAACAAGGAAGGCAUUUGGUCGGCUUCGAGUUUGACCAUCUCUCCUGACCUUCAGACGCGUUUGUUUUCGGUCUUUAACGCCGAGGAUAACAUUUGCACAAUAAUAUCGAUUGCUAAUCCAGUGGCCAUGAUGUCAGUUGACGAGCCGCUUUUCGUCGGCAAACAGCACUUGUUCUUUAAUGAGACGUGGGCAUCUUGAGCACAAUUCUUUUGACAGGCAGCAGAGCACGGAAAAAUGGGCUUUAAUCAGCAACGGUAUAACUCCAGAUAUGAGGCUGUGAAAGCAUUAAGUGCGUUAGCAUCUCUUGGUGUGGUCAGGGCUGUAUUUUUCCUUUUGUUUGCCCCUGGACUUGUUCGCUUACUACCCGCAGGGACUUGGGUGCCCUUGCAGGGGCGGCGUUUGAACGUGGACCUUUGCUUGAGGGCUUGAAGUUUGGUCUUCGGUCCCUGGCGCUGAAGCCAUGGUUGCGAACGAAUCAGACCACACAUGGCAAUGUCCGUGACUACACUUUACCCUGGUUUUCAACCGGAAUAUCAAGGAAGCGGAACUAGAUGCCUGUUAGACGGGGCCGGCAGCUGCCACAUGGGCCUAUCGUUGCCUUGAUUCACACACCUUCCAGAAAGCGAAAGGGAUUUCAGCAGCCCUCAUGUCACCAUUCACAAAUUUCGGGGACACGACGCAAGGAACAGACUCUGCAACCUGGAUGAAGGAUCAACCGGUCUUCGUUCAUCAAGGGACCAGGCCAUCAGCAGCCCUGGUACAGGGUCCCUCAGGGCAGCCUGCAGGACCCGCGGAUGCGAUGUCCUCCCUCGUCCUUUUUUAGGUCCCUUGCGCUGUUCGGCUGUGCAUGCCCAGGUAUUACAUGUGUACCAGUCCCGCUAGUGGAAGCAGGGGCAGGGGUUCUCUGCUGCUCUGUCUGAACCACUCAUGCUGGCGCCUGGGCAGGACGGCGCGCUACACAGAGGGUUCCUGGCCUGGCCAGGCCAGAUAACAAAACUCAUGUCCCGACUAGGACGUUGGUUGUUCUGUUGUGUUCCCAAUUUGGUUGUCGGCCUUUACCGCUACUUGUCGUGGCAACAGAACAAGUUGACACCAAAGGCUCUGAUUGCCUAACUUUUGCCGAACCUUUUGAUCUCUACUCUAUGGUCAUGCAUAUUGGACACAGGCCCAGACCUGCAGAUCUGCAAGAUGAGGAUGAAAACAUAGCCAUUGUCUGUGUCUGUGGUCCAUAAAUAGCGACGUUUCGUCUUUGGGAGUCAGGCGAGCACGCCUCCCGCACGCCUCCCGAACCUCUAGUCUGGUUGUUUGCAUAUUUACGACUCGUUGCAUGACGGUGAAAAUAGCAACAUCAGGUAAGUGGCGAUCUUUCCAACCUCAAUUCAUGUGAGUCCUACCAAGACCGGUGAGACAAGGGCGAGUGCGAAUUUAGAUGUCGUGUGUUAUUUUUGACGCUGCCACCGACUGUGCAAAGGGCAGUGGCAACAACGAGCCUCUCUUCAUGUCCUCGAACAGGCCAUUGAUCGCAUCAAGAUCGAAGCCUUGGACGACGCGGGAGACAACGGGCCUAGCCUUUCUCGAUUUGACGAAGUCCACCAUGUCCUUGAACUCCUUUCUCGAACCCAUCGUCGAACCCUUGACUUCGAUGUUUUUCAAGACUGCUUGCAUCAAGAAGGGCAUCUUGGGUCCGGUAGUCAUGCCGUAGAUUGCAAUCACACCGCCAGCCUAGAAUUGAGUCGCUGUCAGUUAUUGAACUCGGAAUGAAAGCAACUCGCGCAGCCGGAAGAAAGAGCAGUUCCGUGGCCGAGAGAGGAGUGAGCUCAGCCUUACCUUGAGCAACUUGGAACCCUUCUCGACGACGUCACCGCCAGCGCCGUCGACAAUGGCAUCGAUUUUCUUGUUUUCUGCGGGCAACAUGGCCAACAACUUCUUCUCCCAGCCGUCCUCUUUGUAGCUGACACCACCCUUGGCACCCAAGCCGACAGCCUGCUUGAUCUUCUCCUGACUUCCACUCGUGACCCAAACGUUGGCGCCCGCGGCUCUGGCGAACUCCAAGGCCAUCAAAGCCACGCCGCCACCAAUACCGGUGAUCAGAAUGUUCCUGCCCGGCUGCAAAUUGUGAGGGCCGCAUUUUGUCAUGACGGCGCGCCAAGCGGUGAGACCGGUUAAUGGCAGCGCGGCGGCUUCCACGGCCGUCAAAUGUUCGGGUGCUUCCUCCAAUUCUGACUCGUCGACGACAAAGUACUCCUGCAACGUGCCGUUGGGGAUCGUCUUGGUGCCACCCAGAAUCUUGUAUCCGUCCUUGUCCUCGGGCCCUUCGGGGCUAUCUUUCCAUCCGGUGCCUGGGUUCACCACCACUCUCUUCCCUUUCCAUUUCGCGUCUGCUUGGCUGCCGACCGCGACCACGGUGCCACAGCCGUCUGCGAGGAGUGGGAUCCCGAAUGCCAUUCCCGGGUACAGAUGUUGACGGAUGAAGAGGUCGCGGUGGUUCAAGGCCGCGGCAUGGAUCUUGACCACCACUUGUUUUCCCGUCGCCGAGGGCUUGGGCACUUCGUCGAGCGAGAGCGGGUAGUACACCUGGCCGGGCUUGCCGUCAAUCUUGGAAAUCGAGACUGCUUUGGGCAUUGUGAACGUCGUAGACCGUAGAGAUGGUAGGAUUGAUUGAUGGUGGAACGGCUCAAACAAUGGUUGGACCUAACGAGACCUGACUGCGCCGGUGGACGGCUGACGGUGUUAUACGGUUACACUGUCCGUGGACUGUUCUGAUGCAGUCUCAGUAACAGCACAGGUGCUGCGUUGGGGCCCGAGACUUGAAUGUAUGGUUUUUGUUGGUGUUGGAGUCGCGAACUUGAUUGUCUGCGUUGCGGUCGCACUGGAGGGCGGGAUAAUAUAAUUUCGCGGGGUUACUGAUGUUGGGGCUCCCGUCGAUUUUGGCGGCAACGUCCGUCACUUUCAGUGAUGCACUCUACCACUCUGUCGAAACGGGGUCUGCGGAUGUACACAGUAAGAGCCAAAGGUUUGAUGAUAUUGAUACUAUAUUAUUGUACAAAGUUAUUAGAGUGGUGGGUGUGGAUGGUUUAUGACUUUUGUAGCCAUGCUGACAAAAACACAAAACAGCCCUGACGACAUCCCGA